CAUUUUAUAGGCACUGCACUUGCAUUGAAGGCACUGCAGAGAAGGUUCAUUCAAUUGAUUCCUGGGAUGAAGGAGUUCAUGUUUGAAGAGUGUUUGAGCAGGUGGCUCCUAUAUUCAACCAAGUUCAAAGAAUGAGAGGUGAUUUUCUUGAAACAUACGAGAUUCUGAAGGGAGACGGCAGGAUGGAUGCUGAGAACUAGUUUCAGAGUAAGGGGCCAUGAGCAGGAAUUCUCUCAGACAUCAUACUUUGAAAUUCUGUCCAUCAGAGCUGUGGGUGUGGAGGCAUGGAAAAUAUUCAAAGUGGAAGCUGACAUAUCCUUAACCGACAAAGGGGGAGUGGGAAAGUGGUAUUGAGGCCAAGAUUGGAGCAGCUCUGGUUUUAUUGCAUGGUGGGGUAAAUUCAGGGGCCAAAUGGCCCACACCAGCUCUCAUUUUUUAUGUGUUCAUCUCGCUGAAGUACAAAUGGAAGUACAAUCCUAAAUUAUGUGCUUUGGAGAGGAAUUAACCAACAAUCUGCCGAUCCUUCUAAUCCAUGCUGGCACAGCGAGUACAGGAAUAGGACCCGAAGGAUGAUUAAGAAACUCCUCUGUGAUAAACGGCAGCCGUGUCCAAACGAAGGUAAAUAUCUGAAAUGCUCUUAACAGUCGCUAAUGAAAGUGGGCGGAGCUUUUUCGUAGGGACAAAACAGAGACUGCCGGGAUAUUGGACGACUACUUAAUUUCAUGGUAGUUCAGCGAAGGAGCUCGGUUGCGAUUCAGGUGUCUUUCUCCAGUCGCUCGAUCGGCUGCUCGGGAUGAGCAGAACCGUUCUCCUCCUGAUCUUCGGCUUCUUGAGCGGCAUUUCCAGGCAGGAUGAAAAAGUACAAGAACUCAAAGUGGAAGUUUUGCUGAAACCAGAGGGAUGCCCCGAGCAAUCGAAAUCUGGGGACACGGUUCACAUCCACUACACUGGCAAACUGGAAGAUGGGACCAUUUUUGAUAAUUCUUUGAUCCGUGAUCCUCUGGUGGUAGAACUGGGCAAAAAACAAGUUAUUCCAGGUUUGGAACAGGGUCUUCUUGACAUGUGUGUGGGGGAAAAAAGAAAGUUAACCAUUCCAUCUAACCUCGCAUAUGGAAAACGAGGCUUUCCACCGUCCAUUCCAGGAGACUCUGUACUGUUAUUUGAGACUGAAUUGGUGACAUUAGUGAAAUCAACAUACCUGAAGAAGUUGAUGGACAAUGUGAUCCCUAUAAUCAGCCUGCUGCUGAUCCCUGGACUUCUGUGUCUAAUAGGCUAUUACCUGUAUUCAAAAGCAAACACGCAAAAAACAUCCAGACGAAAAGCCAAAGAGGAUAAAAGAGGCAAAGCAAAAAAUAAAUAAAAUUUCUGCAGAAAUUAAUUGUUCUGUUUUGUUUUAAUAUUUUGUUUAUUUUAUAUCAGAUAGCCCUUUGAUUCUGGCAGUGAUAUCUGUGCAUGAUAAUUGGGUUACUAUUAUGGUUAUCAUUACUACCUCAAGUAAUAUUGACAGGUUGAACUCUAGGCCCUUCAAUUCUACACAUGUAACAGAGUCACAGAGGUGAACAAUAUUACAGUUAGUUAGCUGUGUAAUAGUGUAAAACAUAUAUUCAAAUACAUUUCUAUAACUGACAGUAUUCUUCCCAUACAUUGGUCAUGCCCAUGGCCAUAAUUGUGCAAGAUUGUAAUUUUAAAGCUCCACUUGAUGUUCUUUCACACAGAAAAAAAGAAUGCCAAGAUUAUUUUUCUAAUAAAGAAAUAUGGCAGUGCUAAAUACCAAGACAUGCUCAUACACUCUGCAUGUCUCUUACUUAAUUUUAAUGUUCAGAUAUGGGUUGAAAAUAACAUCUUUAGUCUUGCCAUGGUGCCACUCUGUAGAAUUCUGAAUUACACAGAGGUUCACUAGUGCAUUAUAGACAAUUCCCAAACUUUUAUCUGGCAGUGCAGUUUACACAAAAUGAUAUGGAGCCUCUAAUGGAUAUGUAGUCUUAUGGAUAAUAUCAAAAUUCUCUAUUGGAUUAAUGGAGGGAAAUACUCAUUAUUUUGCAUAGGUUAUUAAAAAAGCAAGAAGAGGUCUUUGUAGAAGUCCCUUACCUGUUUGUAUUGGCUUAAACUCAAACAUGGUGUCCAACCAUCAAAGAUGAUGCAUUGGGGAAUCUCAACCUAGUUCCAAAUGGGCUGAAUAAAGAAAGCUCAUCAUUCAACACGAAUUAGCUCAGAAUUGGUAAUCCUACUCAUGGGAGACCAGUGACAGAUUCAGUAGGAAAUGAGAAUUCACACUGGUGGAAUUAGUUCUUUCAUACUACAGUUGUGCAAGCUUGCUUGAUCUUAUAUUUUAUAUCCCGCCAUAUGAUUAAUCAAAGUAAUGACUUGAUGCUGAAAUAUAAACCAGAAAAUAUCAUAUUUCCUCAACUGUGACAAUAGAACUCAAUAAAAAACUUCACUUACAAGCUGCCAUUAAUCUGCAGUGAGGCUCAUGUUAGUCUUUAACUGUGUGAACAGCACAAUUGUAGAAUGGAAAUAGGGGUUACCUAUGGGAAUGACAGGUAGGGUGUUGGUGAUAGGGUUGUGUUGUCUUCUCUCAAAUAUUUUCAUUAAAUGUGACAUUGGCCACAUGAAAAUAUCAAACUGAAGGUUAACCUGAGUGAUAACGUGCUUCAAGCAAAUAUCCUCCAAAUGAUAAUAUUACUGAGUGUUAAGAAAGAACAGGUAGUUGUGCUAUCAGUAAGGCAAAACAGAAUUAUUCCUUCUCUCAGUAAAGGCUUCCAACAAGAACUAAAUUUACUGAAACCAUCAGGAUAGCAUUAUAGAGGCUGCACAGAAAAAGUGAAUGAGACAAUCUCAAUAAAACAUCACUAGAACUGCCUCUUUCAGGAGGCUGCAGCUUUUCACAUUUUAACAAUGCUAUCAAUGACUGGAAAUGACUGUGCAACUGAAGAGUGAUAAUUACUUGAACCUUUUGU